CUCUAUAUAUCCUCCAAAUCAAAUUAAAAUAUCAAUCGUUUGCUCUCCCAUACGUUUCUUUAUAGUUAUGGCUUCGUUACUUCUCAAAUCUUCUACCAUGAUCAUCACCAUCAGUCCUACCAUGGUUGUCCGGUCAGUGUUACCCUUUGGAUCUUAUCUGCCCUCUAUCCGCCUGACCCGUCCAUGUAACAAGUCAAAAUUGUUCGUUUUAUGUAACUCCUCUGAGUCCAAAAAGGCGGCCACUAGUGCAACUGACCUCAAAUCCAUCGUGGAACGGUGUCCUGAGUACAUACCGAACAAGCUCCCGGACACGAACUAUGUACGUAUAUUAGACACGACGCUUCGUGACGGUGAACAAUCUCCCGGUGCAGCUCUUACUCCACCACAAAAGCUAGAGAUAGCCCGCCAGCUCGUUAAACUCCGAGUAGAUAUCAUGGAAGUCGGUUUUCCUGUGUCGUCUGAAGAAGAGUUCGAAACCAUUAAAACUAUCGCCAAGACUGUGGGGAACGAGGUGGAUGAGGAAACCGGUUACGUCCCGGUGAUAGCCGCCCUUGCACGAUGCAAAAAAGGUGACAUCGAUGCGGCUUGGGAGGCGGUGAAGUACGCGAAGAGGCCGAGGGUAACCUUGUUCACAUCUACAAGUGACAUCCACAUGAAACAUAAGUUGAAAAAGACUAAAGAGGAAUUGAUCGAGAUAACCGUGAGUAGUAUUAAGUACGCUAAAAGCUUGGGCUUCACUGACAUCCAAAUUGGCUGCGAAGAUGGUGGCAGGUCGGAUAAGGAUUUUCUAUGUAAGAUUCUAGGAGAAUCGAUUAAAGCGGGGGCAACAACGGUGGGAUUCGCGGACACGGUCGGGAUCAACAUGCCCCCAGAAUUUGGAGAACUCGUGGCUUAUGUCAAAGCGAACACUCCUGGGUCUGAUAAUGUUGUCUUCGCCAUUCAUUGCCACAACGACCUUGGUGUUGCUACCGCCAAUACAAUCUCCGGUAUAUGUGCUGGCGCAAGACAAAUCGAAGUAACGAUCAACGGAAUAGGUGAAAGAAGUGGUAAUGCACCGCUUGAAGAGGUCGUGAUGGCUUUGAAAUGUCGAGGAGAAUAUCAGAUGGAUGGUGUCUACACAAAAAUAAACACACACCAAAUUAUGGCUACCAGCAAGAUGGUUCAAGAGCAUACCGGCAUGUAUGUUCAACCACAUAAGCCCAUAGUUGGAGACAACUGUUUUGUUCAUGAGAGCGGCAUUCACCAGGAUGGGAUGUUGAAAAAUCGAAGUACAUAUGAGAUCUUAUCACCAGAAGAUAUUGGGAUCGUAAAAUCUUUAAAGUCUGGACUUGUUCUUGGAAAGCUUAGUGGACGUCAUGCUGUAAAAGACCGGCUGAAAGAGUUGGGAUACGAAAUCAACGAUGAGAAAUUAAACGACAUCUUCUCACGAUUCAAAAACUUAACCAAGCAGAAAAAGAGAAUCACGGACGAUGAUCUGAAGGCAUUAGUCGUGAACGUUGAUGGAACCGAAUCAGAAAAAUUAAACAAACUUGUAUCAAACCCUCAUCAGAUUCCCUCUGUGGUCUAACUCUGUGAAGACGUAGUGUAUUCAUCGAAGAUAUUAUGUUUCUUUUGUUUUAUAUUGAUCAAUAUCAAGCUUUAUUCGAUAUAUAUAUAUAUAUAUAUAUAUAUAUAUAUAUGUUUGUUGUUGUAAUCAAUAAAUAUAGUAUUAACUGGGAGUGUUUUCAAUCUAUCAAAUACGUGUUUUUGAUGUUUAUUAUAAACAUU